GUCCAGGUGGACUCAGUUCAGUGUUUAGGGAAGCGAGAAAGACAUUUUCAACGGGAGAGUUUAUUGCUUUUUUUAUUUUCCAACUCGUAAUGUUUUUAGGCAUACCAGUGCGUUUCUAUUAAAGGGGCUCGGUUUUGGAAUUGAAAUAACCUUCAGCUAGAGACGACAGAGCUGCAGGUGAACGUGGAAGGAUUUCAUAUGGAAUGUGCCCACGUUAAACACGAGGCUCCUGAGCUGCAGUGUUGUGUCAUUGAGAAGGAGGUUUCAGAGCCCUGGUCUCAGGACUGUAAAGAGGAGCGGGCUGAGCCUCACCGGGGACCCCACGUUAAGCACGAGGCUCCUGAGCUGCAGUGUUGUGUCAUUGAGAAGGAGGUUUCAGAGCCCUGGUCUCAGGACUGUAAAGAGGAGCGGGCUGAGCCUCAUCGGGGACCCCACGUUAAGCACGAGGCUCCUGAGCUGCAGUGUUGUGUCAUUGAGAAGGAGGUUUCAGAGCCCUGGUCUCAGGACUGUAAAGAGGAGCGGGCUGAGCCUCACCGGGGACCCCACGUUAAGCACGAGGCUCCUGAGCUGCAGUGUUGUGUCAUUGAGAAGGAGGUUUCAGAGCCCUGGUCUCAGGACUGUAAAGAGGAGCGGGCUGAGCCUCAUCGGGGACCCCACGUUAAACACGAGGCUCCUGAGCUGCAGUGUUGUGUCAUUGAGAAGGAGGUUUCAGAGCCCUGGUCUCAGGACUGUAAAGAGGAGCGGGCUGAGCCUCAUCGGGGACCCCACGUUAAGCACGAGGCUCCUGAGCUGCAGUGUUGUGUCAUUGAGAAGGAGGUUUCAGAGCCCUGGUCUCAGGACUGUAAAGAGGAGCGGGCUGAGCCUCACCGGGGACCCCACGUUAAACACGAGGCUCCUGAGCUGCAGUGUUGUGUCAUUGAGAAGGAGGUUUCAGAGCCCUGGUCUCAGGACUGUAAAGAGGAGCGGGCUGCGCCUCACCGGGGACCCCACGUUAAACACGAGGCUCCUGAGCUGCAGUGUUGUGUCAUUGAGAAGGAGGUUUCAGAGCCCUGGUCUCAGGACUGUAAAGAGGAGCGGGCUGAGCCUCACCGGGGACCCCACGUUAAGCACGAGGCUCCUGAGCUGCAGUGUUGUGUCAUUGAGAAGGAGGUUUCAGAGCCCUGGUCUCAGGACUGUAAAGAGGAGCGGGCUGAGCCUCACCGGGGACCCCACGUUAAACACGAGGCUCCUGAGCUGGACUCUGACAGCAUUGCACAGCAUGUCUCUGAACUGGGGGCAGUGCACAUCAUAGAGGAGAGUCCUGAAUGGGAAUCUGUCCACAUUCAAGCAAAAAGGGCAUCUGCUAUCAGCGUUACAUCAUCCUAUCCCUGUCCCCACUGUGAAGUGUCUUUCACUGGACAGUCGUACCUUCAGGGACACAUAAAGAACAAACACAGGGAACAGUACCUGGAGACACUGAGAGCCGGAUCACUGAAAAGCAAACCAUUCGAGUCCAGACGCCUGACUGCAUUAAACUUACUGAGCACAGCAACCGAGGAGCCCGCGUGUGCCAGCAACUGUGAAACUGUGGACGACCGACAGGCAAACCGCCAUCACUGCACUGACUGUGGGAAGAGCUUUAGUGGGCUCGCCCGCCUGAAAAGACACAGUGGAAUUCACGCGGGACAGCCCCCGUAUCAUUGCUCUGAAUGUCCGAAGAGUUUCAGGGAUUCUGAAAAACUGGAAACUCACCAGAGGACUCACACAGGAGAGACUCCGCAUCACUGCACUGACUGUGGGAAGAGUUUCACUCAGUUAGGAAAUCUUAAAAUCCACCAGCGGAUCCACACAGGGGAAAGCCCCUACAGCUGUGCUGAGUGCAAGAAAAGCUUCAAGUACUUAGAGUCCCUGAAACAGCAUGAGAGAAUCCACACAGGAGAGACUCCGUAUCACUGCAGUGAAUGUGAGAGGAGCUUCAGUGUGCUGGGAAACCUGAAGAAACACCAGCGAAUCCACACAGGAGAGACUCCGUAUCACUGCAGCGUCUGUGGAAAGAGUUUCAAUCAGGUACAGAACCUGAAGAAACACCAGCAGAUGCACAGCGGAGAAACACCGUUCGUCUGUACUGACUGUGGAAAGAGCUUCAAUCAGUCAGGGAACCUGAGAGCUCAUCAGCGCAUUCACACAGGGGAGACCCCCUAUAUAUGCGGGGAGUGUGGGAAGAGUUUCAGACAGUCAGGAAACCUCAAAACACACCAGAGAACUCACACAGGAGAAUCUCCUUACGUGUGUGGAGAAUGUGGGAAAAGUUUCAAAGACUCUGGGAAACUGAGAAGACACCAGCUGGUUCACUCAGGAGAGACUCCCUAUCACUGUGUGGAGUGUGGGAAGAGCUUCAACCAGCUCGGAAAUCUAAAAGCACACCAGCGAGUUCACAAGGGACACGCUGCCCUGUAUCCAUGCGAGGAAGAUCUGAAGAUGAACUCUGUCCACAUUAAAGAGGAGGUCUUUGCCCGGGAAUGUGCUGUGCUUCCAGAAACGGUGACACAACGGCCAUGGAUUGAAACUGAGGAGACAGACCCGAAGCGCGACAGCAGCUACAAUACAGCAGAGGGCGCCCUGGAGUCAGGCCCUUGUGAAGAGCAUCUCUCUGAACUCAGAUCGCUCCCAAGUGCUGAAGAGGGCAGUGACCUGGACGAUGCUGACAUUGCAGGAGAUAUCUCUGAACUACAGGUUAUCCAGAUUAAACCAGAGCUCUCUAAAGACACUGACAUGAAUGAAGAAAGCCCAGCGCCCUGCUCUGCUACUGGCAGUGUAGCGUCACUUGAAGUGGAUCAGGAUGAGAGAUACACAUGUCCUCAGUGUGACGUCUCUCUUAUUGGGAAAGAACACUUUGAGAGCCAUCUAAAGACUGCACACCUGCAACACAAUACAGACACCACGGGAAAGCGGACAGCUAACAGCCCUGCUGCAGACCAGAGCCUUCAAAUCCCGCUGGAAUGUGACAGUCGUCUCCGGCAGAGGGAUCCCCACAAACCCCACAAACAACACGUCUGCACUGUGUGCGGGAAAACGUUCAAGGAGCCGGGAGCUCUCACAAACCAUCACCGAAUCCAUACCGGAGACGCUCCCUUUCUGUGUGCGGUCUGUGGGAAGAGCUUCAAUCAGGCUGUGAACCUUAAAAGACAUCAGCGAAUCCACAGCGGAGAAAGGCCCUAUCACUGCCCUGACUGCGGGAGGAGUUUCAGCCACGCUAAAACCCUCACUGUGCACCAGCGCAUUCACACUAAAGAGAGCCCCUAUCACUGUGACAGCUGUGAGAAAAGCUUCAAGAGCUCAGGAAACCUGAAAGCACACCAGCGCACUCACACAGGGGAGACCCCGUAUCACUGCAGUGAAUGCGGGAAGAGUUUCAAUCUCUUACAAAACUUUAAAAAGCACCAGAGGCGUCACUCGGGAGUGACUCCGUUUCACUGCACAGACUGUGCAAAAAGCUUCAAAGAUUUGGGUUCCCUGAAGGCUCACCAGCGCAUUCACUCGGGAGAGACCCCGUACAGGUGCACAGUCUGUGGGAAGAGUUUCAGAGAGUCCGGGGUCCUGAGGAAACAUGAGCGAAUCCACACUGGAGAGACCCCCUACAAGUGCGCUUACUGUGUGAAGAGCUUCAGACAGAUCGGGCACCUGAAUACACACCAGCGACUUCACACAGGAGAGGCCCCGCAUCAGUGCCCUGACUGCGGGAAGAGCUUCAGAGAGUCUGGAGACCUGAAGAAACACCGGAGGAUCCACACUGGAGAGACCCCCUAUCUCUGCACUGACUGUGGGAUGAGAUUCUGCCAGUCAGGACACCUCAAGAGACACCAGCUCAUUCACACAGGAGAGACCCCCUUUCUGUGCACGGAGUGUGGGAGGAGUUUCAGACACUCUAAAACUCUGCUGGUACACCGGCGCACUCACACCCGGGAGACCCCGUAUCACUGCACUGUGUGUGAGAAGAGCUUCAGCCAGGGGCAGAACCUCAAGAGACACCAGCGGGUUCACACAGGAGAGGCCCCGUAUCGCUGUGCUGUCUGCGGGAAGAGCUACAAGGAGUCUCGCUCGCUUGUGGCGCACCGUCGAAGCCACACAGGAGAGACUCCUUAUCCAUGUGCCGAUUGUGGGAAGAGUUUCAGACACGCCAAGACUCUCAAAGUAUACAAGAGAAUUCACACUGGAGAGAGACCGUACCCCUGUGAGGAGUGUGACAAGAGAUUCAGGCAUUCGAAAGACCUGAAAAAACACAGCAAAAGCCACGCCAGACAGAUCACAUGAGGGAAACAUUUGAAGGUUUCUGCGCACACCUGAAUAUGAAAAUAAACCUGCGCUCUUUCAUGGUUUGUAUUGUGUUUGAAUUGCAAGUUUCUACAUGCAGUCUGCUGUUGUACAGUAUUUUUUGUGUUGAAAGAUUUGUAUUUACAAAGUGAAUGUAUAUUUUUUUCGAAGUAGUUUUCUGUGUUUUGUAUUGGCACACAGCACUCUGUACUCCUGCAUGGACGAUCACACACAGGCACACCUGCUUACUGGUGUCUGUCUGUCUGUAUACUUGGUCUGGUUCUUGCAGUGAGACUUUAUGAAGCAACAUGAGUUAAUUCUAAAGGGUGAUGCGAAACGUUUGGCCUAAGCUGUACAUCCGAAGCACCUUACUAUACAGACUAUGGAAAAGUGAAUGAAACACAGUAUACAAAACUGCACUGAGAACCAGCUAGAAGUGUUGCAAAUGUCAUAGGAAAGGAAAGGGGGCAGUGAAAAAACAGAAGGCUUUGAAGAAGUCAUUCAGGGCUCUCUACACUUUAAACCAGAGAGGUUUCAAGUGUGUGAUAAUGAGGAGGACUGGACUGGGCUGGACUGGACUGGACUGGGCUGGGAUCUCUCCGAGUGUUUUAUUCCCCGCUGCCAUCAACCAACAGCUCAUCAUUUCAUGAUGUGUGUAUCAUCGAUAAAGCCAUGUGUAAAUAAAUCUGUAGAUGAGCUUGUCUCUGAAAUGCGUUGUCAUCACUAAACCUGUUUGUGUGCUUCGAUUGGUCCAUGCUGUGCUUCCAAAGUGUCUGUUAAGACUGGUGGAGAUCGUGUGGAACGGGGUAAGUCCACAGAAAGUGUUUUUCUAUGACAUGUUUAAUAAAAAACAUCUUUAUAAUA